GAUAGUUAAUCAAAUUUAGCUAAUUAUGUUUGUUUAAGUUUCUAAUCAUUCCCAUUCCCAUUGCGGCUUUCUCACUAACGAAACGAUUUUUCAUCUAUCAUCUCGACUAUUUUCCAUGAUUACCAUCGAUGCGCACCCAUCUGAUUGAUUGCACCGCACCGCGCUGGAUGAUGAUUGCGCCGCUCACCGAAAAUCAAUCGUUGCAACCGUGAUCGAGCAGAUCCUUUUCCAUCGAUGUUGCCGGUUCCGGUGCCGCCGAUGCAUGCGAUGGCUUUGCCGCCGCGCUACUCGCUGCCCGGUGUGGAGAUGAAACUGCAAAACAAGGACCUGUGGCGGGAGUUUCACAAGAUCGGCACCGAGAUGAUCAUCACCAAGUGCGGAAGGCGAAUGUUCCCCUCGAUGCGCCUUACCGUGGACGGACUGGACGCGGACACCAAUUACUGCGUGCUGCUGGAGAUGAUGCCCAUCAGCGACUGUCGGUUCAAGUUUAGCGGGUCCCAGUGGGUUCCGGCGGGUGGCGCCGAACCCCAGAGCCCGCAACGGUUCUGCCUUCAUCCGGACAGCCCCGCCCUCGGGACGCACUGGGCCUCCCAGCCGAUUGUGUUCAACAAGGUGAAGCUCACCAACAACACACUGGACAACAAUGGACACGUGGUACUGACCAGUAUGCAUAAGUACCAACCACGGAUACACAUCAUCAGAACGGCAGAUCCAUCGCAGAUCCCAUGGGCGGCCCAGCAAGCGUUCGUGUUUCCGGAGACGGAGUUCGUCGCUGUUACUGCUUAUCAGAACGAUCGAAUAACCAAGCUGAAGAUCGAUAACAACCCGUUUGCCAAAGGAUUCCGCGAGACGGGCCAGUCCCGGUGCAAGAGGAAACUGGGCAGCAGUAGUGGCAGCAGCAAUACAUCAACGUCAUCCUCGUCGUCGUCGUUGUCCUCGUCGGGAACAUGUGGCCAGAUGACAGAUGACGAGGAUCGCAACGAUCUGCAACAGCUCCACCACGAGGCAAAGCGGGCCAGAUCAAACGAACUGUCCGAAUCGGAGUCGCCGAUGGAUCCCGGUCGGCUGCUGAUGAUGGAGAAUGGAAUGGGACCCGAAGCGUUGCAUCGGCUGCAGAUGCAUCGAAGGUUUCCGCCGGGGUCUAGUGCGGCAGCUGCCGCCGCCAACGAACUGCUGAUGCGUCAGUACAAUCAAAUGUUUAAUCCCAGCUGGAUGGAUCUGAUGAUGCCGUACUUUGCCCGGAAUCCGUAUCAUCCGCAUCAACCGAUGGGACCUCAACAUGCACCUCCUACUCAGCUGGGACAUCCCUUCCUACCGAUGGUGAAUCAUCCGAUGAAUCCCGUCUCGGUGGCACCGCAAAUAUCACCCACGGAGUCCAUUCCGGAGUCGGAUCGAUCGUCGGCAUUCAGCGUGACGCAGCCAUUGAACUCGGAGGACGGUCCACUGGUUCGAUCGUCACCCGUACGAGCGGUGGAUUCGCCUUCGGCUGGAGGUGAAGCGCCACCCAUUGAACCACGAGGGGAUGGGAACGACGAUAGUAAGAAAGUGAACUUCAGUAUCGCUUCGAUCUUGCUGCUGUAGAAGUUAGUGUAUGUGUGAUUUAGAAUAGUGCAACCGAUGUAAUACUCUUCUAUGUAUAUAUUUAUAAUUCUUCGAUCACCUCAUUAUCAAGUGCCUUUGCAUUGUUUGUGAAUAUAUUGAGAUUGCUAAUAGGACUUAUUGCUUUUAAUAAAUGGUAUUAUCGAUUUUACGAAUUGUGCUCGU